UAAAAAUGUUGCUGCUGCUGUUGCUUUUGUUGUUGUUGUUGUUGUUUCUGCUGCUGUUGCGGCUGGAAAAUGCAGGAAAAUGUGUGCCAAAAGCCAGCGUAUAAAUGCCACAGCACUUGCCGAAAAGAAAAUAGUCGACUUGCACCAUUUCGCCGCGUCGGUAGCCAAAAGUAGCAACUGCUUCGCACAAACUCAACUUCUCACUUCACACCUGAAGAUCGCAACGAAAUGUUCAGCUGGCGCUUUAAACUAAUCCUGCUGCUCGCCCAGGCGCUAUUCGCCCAAGCGGGCUACAUUGGUGGCAUUCCAGCCGCUGGACUGCUGGGCAACUAUGCCGGCGCCUUGAGCGCUGGCGAGGCAUUGUCCAAACUGGAUUUCAGCGAUAGCGAUGCGCAUGCGGAUCAUGAGCACUUGGGUGCCUUGGCCGAGCAGCUGAACGAGCACAGUUUUCCAGCGGAUUAUGGCAGCAGCGAUGCCGGCGAGGAAUACGCCGAGGCUAGCGAACAUCACGAGCAUCACUAUGAGCCAGAGAUCGAGGAGCAUCAUCAUCAUCACGAUGAGCAACCGGUGCCGGGCAUUGAUCAUGGCAAGGGCGCCUUCAGCUAUAGCACACUGUAUGAGUUCAAGGAUCGCGAGGAGCAUGAAAAGCAGCAGCUGGAGCAUCAGCUCGAGGAGCAGCAUGUGGAGCAACAGCUUGAGCUGGAGCAUCAGAUUCAUGUGUUCGACAACCAUCAUCAUGAUCACCAUCAGGAGCUCGAUCUGCACUAAAGACUGUGAUAGUCGUAUCUUUGUUCUUCGUCCCGCCCUCGUUUCUCAUA